CGAAAAUUUAAUAGCAAAUCUGCUUACUUAAGCAACUUAACCAAAAUAUUCCUGCUCGUCUCAAAGGUUACUUUACUACAAAUACUAUUUCUUUCACAUCCACAUCACUACCAAGAUGCCGCCUAAGAAGAAGGGAAACAAGAAGGCGGCCGAUGAUUGGGAGGCAGAGUUAGGCGAGUCGGUCGCACCCACAAAUGGAGACGCCGACGCCAAUGCUGCCGCUGCUGGAGCGCCGGAGGAGAACAAUGAGGAGGAGGAAGCGCCGGUCGGUGGUCUAAUGGCCAUGAUGAAGAAGAACCGAGAAAAGAGAAAGAAGAAGGGCUUGUCUGAGAACUUCGUUGAUGGCGAAAACGCCCCCGGCGCCGAACCCACACCCGCUCCCGCGGUCAAAGCACCUGAAGAAGCAACCAUGGACGACGAGUUCGCACUACCAGAGAAGAAGGGGAAAGGUGGAAAGCAGAACAAGCAACAACAGGCCAAGCCCGCAUCGGCUGAUGUAGGCGACGAAGAGACAGGAGAGGGCGGAAGAAUAUUGACUAAAGCCGAGAAAGAGAAGUUGAAAAAGGAGAGAGAGAAGGCAAGAAAAAGAGAACAGGCUGCCAAGAAAAAGACUACAACGCCUGCCCCUGCCCCUGCCCCCAAGGCCGCUGAGCCCGCGAAACAAGUCGUAGAAGAGAAAAAGGAGACUCCUGCGCCAGCGGUGGAGGCUGGAGGCAAGAAGGGAAAGAAGCUACCCCCUCAUCUCCUGGCUCUCCAGAAACAGCAAGAGGAGUUGAAACGGCAACGAGAGGAGGCCGAGCGUAAUGCCAUCGAAGAGAAAGCUCGACUAGAGGAGCUAGAACGCCAGGAAUCCGAAGCGGCUAAACGAAGAGAGGAAGAAAAGGCCCGCAAGAAGCAAAAAGAAAAGGAGAGGAUCGAACAACUUAAGAAAGAAGGCAAGUUCCUUACUAAGGCGCAAAAGGAGGAGAAAGCCCGCAAUGAGAGAAAGCUUCAGCAAAUGCUUGCUGCCGGUAUCAAGGUUGGCCCUUCUGAAGAUGCUGGCGAGGGUAAGAAGAAGGUUGUAUACGACAGCAAGAAGCGCGGUAAAAAGGCAGACCAGAAGGUCGACGAAGAAAAAGCCUUGGCCGAAGCGGCCGAGAGGGCGAGACAACAAGCAGAAGAGGCGGCUAAGAAAGCUGAAGAGAAGGCUGCCAAAGCUGCUGCUAAAGCCGAAGCUGCUGCUAAAGCUGCCAAAGCGAAAGAGGCAGAAGAGAGCGAUGUUGAAGAUGAUUGGGAGGCUGCUGCUGACAAUGUUAAGGAUAGCUGGGACGCUGAAUCGGGCGAAGAAGGUGAGGCAUCCGCUAAAGAAAAGGCCGCAAAACCCGGACCAGCUAAAGGUCUACCGUCAAGACCCAAGCCUGAAUCCGACGAAUCUGAAUCAGAGGAGGAAUCCUCCGAGGACGAAGAACGAACAGCAGCGCAGGCGGCAGAAGCUCAACGAAAGAAGGAAGCUGCCGAGCGACGCGAGAAGGCUCACCAAGCCGCCCUGGCUGCUAGAUCGAAGGACAAUCUCCGUUCGCCAAUCUGCUGUAUCUUGGGACACGUCGAUACGGGUAAGACGAAACUGUUGGACAAGAUUAGACAGACCAACGUCCAGGAAGGCGAAGCUGGUGGUAUCACGCAACAGAUUGGUGCAACUUAUUUCCCUGUCGACGCUAUCAAGCAGAAGACUGCUGUUGUUAAUCCAAACGGACAGUUCGAGUUCAAGGUUCCAGGUCUCUUAAUCAUCGAUACGCCCGGUCACGAGUCUUUCUCCAACCUCCGAUCGAGAGGUUCGUCGCUCUGCAACAUCGCCAUCUUGGUUGUUGAUAUCAUGCAUGGUCUCGAGCCCCAAACCCUCGAGUCGAUGAAAUUACUUCGAGACCGAAAGACACCUUUCAUCGUCGCUCUCAACAAGAUAGAUCGACUCUACGGCUGGAAGAAGGUUGAUAACAACGGUUUCCAGGAGAGCUUGGCUCUUCAGAGCAAGGGUGUCCAGAAUGAGUUCAGGAAUCGACUAGAGCAGACUAAACUCGCAUUUGCCGAACAAGGAUUUAAUGCUGAGCUUUAUUAUGAAAACAAGUCGAUGACUAGAUAUGUUUCGCUGGUGCCAACUUCGGCCCACACCGGCGAGGGUAUUCCCGAUAUGCUGAAACUCAUCGUUCAACUAACGCAAGAGAGAAUGGCGGGAUCCCUGAUGUAUCUUUCCGAGGUUCAGGCAACCGUCCUUGAAGUCAAGGCUAUCGAAGGUUUCGGUAUGACCAUCGAUGUUAUUCUAUCUAACGGUAUCCUGAGAGAAGGCGACCGAAUAGUAGUAUGUGGUGUGGAGGGUGCUAUUACCACCAACAUCCGUGCGCUUUUAACGCCAGCUACUAUGAAAGAACUGCGUGUAAAGUCUCAAUACGUACACAACAAGGAAGUAAAGGCCGCCAUGGGUGUCAAGAUCAGCGCACCUGGCCUUGAAGGUGCCAUUGCUGGGUCUCGAUUGCUCGUGGUUGGUCCCGACGAUGACGAAGAGGAUCUCGAGGAGGAAGUCGAGUCAGAUCUCAACAAGCUCUUCAGCCGCGUUGCCACGACAGGACGUGGUGUCAGUGUGCAAGCUUCGACAUUAGGUUCCCUUGAAGCUUUGCUUGAUUUCUUGAAGGAUUGCAAGAUCCCUGUGGCAAAUGUUGGAAUCGGCCCCGUGUUCAAGCGAGAUGUUGUCCAAUGCGCGACUAUGCUCGAGAAAAGCCCCGACUACGCAGUCAUGCUCUGUUUUGAUGUCAAGAUUGACAAGGAAGCACAAGCACACGCUGAAGAGAAUGGUAUUAAGAUUUUCACCGCUGAUAUUAUCUAUCACCUUUUCGAUGCGUUUACGAAGCACAUGGAAGAGCAGCUGGAGAAGAAGAAGGAAGAAUCCAAGAUGCUGGCAGUCUUCCCUUGUAUUCUCCACACCGUUGCUGUCUUCAAUAAGACAGGCCCCAUCGUUGUAGGUGUUGAUGUAGUUGACGGCAACCUAAGAGUGAACACUCCGAUUGCGGCUGUUAAAUCAAAUCCUACAACCGGUGUGAAGGAGAUCAUCCAACUAGGCAGAGUGACAUCAAUCGAGCGAGAUCACAAGCAGAUCCCGAUUUGUAAGAAGGGUCAACCUUCGGUGGCUAUCAAAGUUGAAAUGGGCGGCCAUCAGCCUACUUACGGGCGACAACUCGAAGAAAAGGAUGUGCUCUAUAGUUUGAUCUCUAGGGCUAGCAUCGACACGCUGAAGGAAUUCUACCGAAAAGAAGUGUCGAACGACGAGUGGCAACUCAUCAUAAAGCUCAAGCCGUUAUUCGAUAUCAACUAAAAGAGAAUGGGCUAAAUAGCAUGGUUGAUGGCGGUAAAGCAUCGGAUCGGCUUUUGUAUUUAAUGAGACUGGCUGCUGCCCAUGGGUAUGAUCAUUAUUUUCCUUUUCCUGCCUGUACUUUCGCAACGCUGAUACGUAGGGGAGUGGCUACAAAAAUGGAUUUGGAACUUAGCAGGCUCGUCUUUUCAAUUUUGCAUUCCAGAAUACUUACUUACAAAGGUAAGUAAGUACCCAGGUAGGUAAGUGACAAAUGAUGAUGCGCCACUCUUGCUUUCUCUAAGAGUUGAGAUUUCGCAGGCGCUUUAGGUACAGAAUUGAACCAAGCUAAGUCCUAUUGAAUUGAAUUUUGAUGUUUUAUUUAUGGUGCUGUGAACAUCAUAGAGUUUUGGUCGAAUUCCGUAUAAUACGACUUGGCUGACUAAGCAUCGAGAAAAGGGGGUGGCUUGAUAGGUACAUUCAUUUGAGUCUCCUUAAAGCUUGCAGAGAUUGGACUUAUAUACCAUCAUUUACAUGAUAAUAUACAUAUAUAUUUAAAGAUUUACAUAGUCUGGAAUCGGGAAGAAUGAUAUGUACACUAUUUCAGACCAGACGAAUUUCUUCUUCAGGACCGGAGACUACCCACGGUAGGAGCU